CGCGGCCCGGAAUUGCGGAGCGAGUCCGCCGGAGCGGACUCUCUACGCUCCCUCUGCGGCCAACAGUGAUGACGUCGCCGAGGCCACGCCCACCCCCAGAAGACACCUUGCCGAGCUGCACCAGAGCAUGAGAAUCUUAUGGAAGCCAUUGGGAUUCUCAAGAAGACUUCUGCAAGUAGAAUGGUGCCGCCCCAGUGAAUCUGUAUCUUUGUCCGCAAUCACAAGGACAUUGGUACCAAGGCUUAGGAAAACACCUAGUGUUUUUUGGUUGGGUCAGAGACAAGGAUUCUCAACCAUGCCAGAAACAGAAGCAAGUAUGAGAGAUCCUGAGUUAUUUUCACCACCCUCUGGUGUUCGAGGAAUGACAGAACUGGAUAGGACAGCUUUUAAAAAGACGGUGUCCAUCCCAGUGCUCAAAGCGAGGAAAGAGGUCGUCAACAGAUUGAUGCGCGCCCUCAAGAGAGUAGCCCUGCAGCGCCCGGGCAUAAAGCGUGUCGUUGAAGAUCCCGAAGAUGAGGACAGUAGACUCAUCAUGUUGGAUCCCUUCAAAAUGCUCUCCGUUGAGUCCUUUGAGAAGGCAGAACUCGGUGCUUUAGAAGAACUCGAUGUCAGUCCACAGUUAUCCGAAUACAAUUUGGAACUAACUUAUGAAAACUUUAAGUCAGAAGAAAUUUUGAGAGCUGUGCUUCCGGAAGGUCAAGACGUGACCUCAGGGUUCAGCAGGGUUGGGCACAUCGCACACCUGAAUCUCCGAGACCAUCAGCUGCCGUUCAAGCAUUUAAUUGGCCAAGUUAUGAUUGACAAAAACCCAGGACUCACAUCGGCAGUAAAUAAAACCAGCAAUAUUGAUAAUACAUACCGAAAUUUCCAAAUGGAGGUGCUGUCUGGAGAGGAGAAAAUGCUAACCAAGGUUCGAGAAAAUAAUUACACAUAUGAGUUUGAUUUCUCCAAAGUCUACUGGAAUCCUCGUCUCUCUACAGAACACGGCCGCAUCACUGAGCUUCUCCGCCCUGGAGAUGUCUUGUUUGAUGUUUUUGCUGGGGUUGGGCCUUUUGCCAUACCAGCAGCAAGGAAAAACUGCACAGUAUUUGCCAACGAUCUCAAUCCGGAGUCCCAUAAAUGGCUGUUGCACAAUUGUAAGCUGAAUAAAGUUGACCAAAAAGUGAAAGUCUUCAACAUGGAUGGAAAAGACUUCCUCCAAGGACCGGUCAGAGAAGAGUUAAUGCGGCAGCUAGGACUGUCGACCGAAGCAAAACCCUCUGUCCACAUUGUCAUGAACUUGCCAGCAAAGGCCAUAGAGUUUCUCGGUGUUUUCAGGUCACUCCUAGACGGGCAGCCAAGCAGCAGUGAGUUCCUUCCCACAGUACACUGUUACUGCUUCUCCAAAGACGCCAAUCCUGCUCAGGAUGUCUGUCAGCGAGCUGGAGAUGUGUUAGGCGUUCCCUUGGAGGCAAGUAGUUCAGUUCACCUGGUGAGAAACGUGGCCCCUAACAAGGAAAUGCUGUGUAUCACCUUCCAGAUUCCUGCUGCUACACUCUACAAGACCCAGGCCCUCAGUGUAGAGAAUCCCGAAGAGCCAUCUCUUAAACGGCAGAGGACAGAUGAUUCCGUCUCAGAACCACAAAUUACAUCAGAUUCUUAGUUGGAAAUGCUUUCUCCAUCUCUCCAGUAAAUUUUUUGUAAAGAAGUACAAUUUGUAUGUUUUGAUAAACUUUAACUAUCAGGUAUUUGUAAUUGAGCCCUUAUAUUUUGCUCCUAUAAAUGGAACAUUACCAAAGUAAAAUUUAACUGAAGUAAGCUGAACUUGUAUAGUAGACGGCUUUGUUGUUGGAAUUUCAGGCAUGAACCACCAUUGUCCAGCACAGUUUUAAAGUAGAAUUGGGAUGGGCCAGUAAGAAGGCUCAGUGAGUAGAGGUGCUUGCUGCCAAGCCUGAGGACCUGAGUUUGAUCCCUGGGACCAACAUGGUCAAAGGAGACACUUGUGAAAGUUCUCCUCUCACCUCGUGUGUGCACCAAGGCACUCAUGCAUACACAGAUGCGAAAUAAAUGAACAAAUUAAUAAAUUAAAAAUCUAAAUUAUAUAACCAUUUUACAAUCAAGUUAUUUUUAUUAGAUAAAUGGUUUUUUAAUAGUGUCUGUCCCUCAGAGAGACAGUUUUUAAAAACUGAGCGACUAUAUUCUGCUUAACUAGGAAAGCAUUUAACUACAUUGUAGUUAUUAGUGGAAAAAUGUGAUUAUUUUAUGUAACUUCUCUACUACCAAUUAGCAGUAUAACAGUAAUACAAAGUUAAAUUAUUUAGAUGAGGAAUAGGAAACCCACACCUUCCAGGCCACAUCUGGCAUAAUGGCCUAUGACAGGAGGAUUUGCUUUAUUGAAAAAUAAUAACAUUUUGUGACAUGGAACUUACAUGGAAUUUGAGUUUUGAGGUUUUGGUGUGCAUGAAGUUUGAUUGGCACCUGCCCUUCCAGUUAGUUUUCAUACUGUCUACAGCUGCUGCCACAAUAGACAGCAGAGUGGAGCAAUUAGAGCAUAGACCUCGAGGUGACACUCAUGGCCAUACUGCAGCUUGGUGUGCUACACAUCCCGGGGACAUGGUUAGAACUCAGGAGACAGCAUUUUGAAUGCUGUGCACAUAACCACACUACACUUUGUUGUUUAGGGACAAGAGUCUCACACUCUAGCUCACUCUGACCCAGAAUUUACUAUGCAGCCCAGGUUGGGCUUGAACUUACAGCAACCCUCCUGCCUCAGCCUCCCAGAUGACAGGUGAGUCACCAUGCCCAGCUUCACAAAUUUCAUUCUUUUGUGAGUAGUGCCUACUCAUUAUAUCAGGAGAAAUAGACCUUGGAUAUAUUAUGCUUUGAAGUUUCAGUGGGGUAUGGAUUAUUUUGAUAUCAGUUAGAUGACAAAGCAUCUAUACCCUUGUCCAAAAAAAAGAAAAAGAAAUAA